CCCCCGCGGGGAGCGCGCCGGGGCUGCCCCCCGAAUGACGGGCGGAAGGUUCGACUUCGACGAUGGCGGCACCUACUGCGGCGGCUGGGAGGAGGGCAAGGCGCACGGGCAUGGCAUCUGCACGGGGCCCAAGGGCCAGGGCGAGUACUCGGGCUCCUGGUCGCACGGCUUCGAGGUGGUCGGAGGCUACACCUGGCCCAGCGGCAACACCUACCAGGGCUACUGGGCGCAGGGCAAGCGGCACGGGCUGGGGGUGGAGACGAAGGGCAAGUGGAUGUACCGGGGGGAGUGGUCACAUGGCUUCAAGGGGCGCUACGGGGUCCGGCAGAGCCUGUGCACCCCCGCCCGCUACGAGGGGACCUGGAGUAACGGGCUGCAGGACGGGUACGGCGUGGAGACCUACGGGGACGGAGGUACCUACCAGGGCCAGUGGGCCGGCGGCAUGCGGCACGGCUACGGCGUGCGCCAGAGCGUGCCCUACGGCAUGGCCACGGUGAUCCGCUCGCCGCUGCGCACGUCGCUGGCCUCGCUGCGCAGCGAGCAGAGCAACGGCAGCGUGCUCCACGACGCCGCGGCCGCCGCCGACAGCCCGGCCGGCACCCGCGGCGGCUUCGUGCUCAACUUUCACGCCGACGCCGAGCUCUCGGGCAAGAAGAAGGGCGGCCUCUUCCGCCGGGGCUCCCUCCUGGGAAGCAUGAAACUGCGCAAGUCCGAGUCCAAGUCUUCCAUCUCAAGCAAGCGCAGCUCGGUCCGCAGCGACGCGGCCAUGAGCCGGAUCAGCUCCAGCGACGCCAACUCCACCAUCAGCUUCGGCGACGUCGACUGUGACUUCUGCCCCGUGGAGGACCACGUGGACGCCACCACCACGGAGACCUACAUGGGCGAGUGGAAGAACGACAAGCGCAGUGGCUUCGGCAUCAGCGAGCGCUCCAACGGCAUGAAGUACGAGGGCGAGUGGGCAAACAACAAGAGGCACGGCUACGGCUGCACCGUCUUUCCCGACGGCUCCAAGGAAGAGGGCAAAUACAAAAAUAAUGUUCUGGUCCGCGGAAUAAGGAAGCAGCUGAUACCAAUAAGAAAUACAAAAACUAGGGAGAAGGUGGACAGAGCGAUCGAAGGCGCACAACGGGCAGCCGCCAUGGCCAGAACCAAAGUGGAAAUAGCAAACUCCAGAUUGCCCAUUUCCUGCGGGAGCAAGUGAGGCACCUGCUCUGAUUUCCUCACAUUCUUCUCCAGGCUGUGGAAAGACACACUUCUUCCUAUCACAAGGCCCAGGACCUCUUAAGGGGCCCAACAGUCCCUGAGAAUUCUGCGGUGUGGCGAGAGACGGCUGAGACCACACAGAUGACCUCGGCGUCAGCCCUCUGGUGCCCACGGACAGAGGGCCGAGCCUGGCUGUAAUGCUUGUCUAGGGGCCAAACUCAGGGACACAGGGCAGGCCCACGCCCGCUCCUCUCCUUCAGCUCUGACGUUACAUAACUUGGUGGCUUAACAGGUCAUUACACGUGACAUGGGAACACACUGUUUCCUGCACCUUAUAAAGUGUUCUUAGGCCAUCUCGUUUCUAAAGAUCUCUCUUUAAAAAAUUCUUCAUCCAGCCCUGCCAGUGCCAGGCCCAUUCAGAAACCCUGGGGCAUUGAGGUGAGCCUGAGUUUUCAUGAUUAACUGGUAGGUCCAAGUAAUUCCGAUUUAAUGAAACUUGGUCUUGGGCUGUCAUCCUGGGAAGACCGCACAGUUACCCACACUUCAGAGCCAUUAGAAACGUUCCUUUUGAAACCCUGAAUGGU